CUGAGAGUUUCUUUUCUUAUAAAUAUAGAAGAUCCUGUACCCGCGGGACUAGUCCCUGUCGAACAUGCUUCGACGACGGCUCUUUGUUAUCGGGAUUAUCUCGCUCGCGGCUGCUCUCACAGCCGCCGUUGCUGAUAACGCGAAUUUACGCAAGUUUUACCUAUCUCGAGGAGCGAGAAUCGAUUGCACCGACGAUCCUGGCGGUGCUAACGGUUCACCGCUUUGUCAACGUGCCAAUGUUAUCGUCGAUCGCGGAAUCGUCGAAAACGUCGAAAAAUCGAAAAAUGUGACUGUCGAGGACCAAAUUGACGAGGACGACGAAAAAACCCUCACCGGCCAAACGCCAGACGAUACGGAAGAGGAAAAUGACGAGACCGCCAUCGACGAAGCUCGAGGAAAAAAGGACAAAAAAAGAGGCUACCUGAAGGUGUUUUUCAUGAUGGCAGCUGCAGCCAAAGCUACUUUGCUCUACGCAAUGAUACAUGCAGUUGCUUUAGUUGCUGGCAAAGCUCUUGUCGUCGCCAAAGUUGCUCUAGCCCUAGCUGCGGCUGUUGCACUUAAGAAGGCUUUGGAACAUCAUGAUAAAACGUCCGUCGAGAUCGUGAAACAUCCGCAUCACACUUACUCGCAGACUCACAGUGCGAGCAUAGACUACGAUCAUCAUGGAGGGUACGAGGGUGGUCAUCGUAGAAGAAGACGACAUGCUCGAUAAAUUCCCACCACAAUAAACAUCAUCACCGAUCGACACUCUUUCAUACCCUUACCACUGAACCAAAUUGUACAAACAAAAAAAUCGAAUGUAUAUCAUAAUGGGACCAAAGGAUCAAUAAAUUAUUUAUUUAUUUA